CCCGCGGAGGUGGCGGCGGUGGCAGCAGCACCGGGCGGGCCCGAGCCAUGGCCGACGACCUGAAGCGGUUCCUGUACAAGAAGCUGCCGAGUGUUGAAGGUCUUCAUGCUAUUGUAGUCUCAGAUAGAGAUGGUGUGCCUGUUAUCAAAGUUGCCAAUGAUAAUGCUCCAGAACAUGCACUGCGACCUGGGUUUCUGUCCACCUUUGCCCUYGCCACAGAUCAGGGCAGUAAAUUAGGACUCUCUAAAAACAAAAGUAUCAUCUGCUAUUACAAUACAUACCAGGUGGUGCAGUUCAAUCGUUUACCUUUGGUAGUGAGUUUCAUUGCUAGCAGCAAUGCCAAUACAGGGUUGAUUGUAAGUUUAGAGAAGGAGCUCACGCCCCUGUUUGAAGAACUGAGGCAGGUUGUUGAAGUUUCUUAACCUGAUGGUAUAGCCAGAAUGCAGCAUUCCUCUGCAGCCCAGUGGACAGAAAGAUUCAAUAAUCGUCAGUCAAAUAACAAAUCUCRGAAGAAAUACCACAGCUCCUUAGUAUACUAAGUAAGAGUAAAUUGUACAUAGUACUGAAUCUGAAAUGAUCUACUAGUGUGUUGUAGGUGGAUGUUACUUUAGGCCAUGCUUCUUGUAUUGUGCAGUACUGGAGAGACCACCUAAAUAGCUCCCAUGGAGUUUAGCUCAGCCAGCUGAGCCAGGUCAGCGCGAUGCCCUUGGCUCAGAGGAGCAACCCCAGAUCUCGUGCUUUACAGGGAACCAGGCACAUGGCAGGG